AUGCCCGGAAUACUUACAACCAAAGAUAGCAUCCCUCCCUUUCCCACGGACAUCCCCACCAUCCCCCUCCUCCUCAUCUCCUACGACCUCCUGACUCGUCCCAUCGGCGACCCUGCCGGAGAUGAAGAGAAGAAGCGUAUGUUCCAGGCUUGUCAUGAAUUGGGGUUCUUCUACUUGAAGGACUUGCCGGUUAACAGUGAGAGCAUGUGGGAUUUGGCGGAUGAGUUCUUUGGAUAUAGCCAGGAGGAGAAGGAUAAGUACGAUAUGGGUGCUACUGGAAAUUACUUCGGGUACAAAAAGUCCGGAGCGUUCGUGAUCGACAAGAAGGGCACCCUUGACCGCACCGAGUUCCUAAACAUUUCGAAAGAUCAAGUUCUGGGGGUCGAUCCUAACCCGGCUCCUCAACCUCGUGUGGUCACCGAGAACCCAGUGGUCCUCAAAUCAUUCAUGACAGGCUGCCAUAAUGUCGUCGAGGCUGUCUUGAGGACGCUCUCCAUUCAUCUUGGUCUGAACCCCGAGUUCCUCGGUAACCUCCACCGCAUCGAUCGUCUCGGCGGUGAUCAAGCGCGUUUCACACGGGCUUAUCCGCCGCCGGAGGGAGUAAGCCCUAUGGAUCCCAACACCAUGGCGCACACGGACUACGGCAGUGUCACGGUGCUGUUCAACCGUCUCGGCGGUUUACAGGUACUGACUCCAGGGAAUAAGGAGUGGUUGUUCGUCAAGCCACUCCCGGGGACAGCCAUCAUCAACCUCGGAGAUGCCCUCGUCAAGAUGACAGGUUCAGUCCUCCGUAGCAACCAGCACCGCGUUGUCACGCCUCCCGCUGCCCAAGCCCAAUGUAUCCGUCAGUCCAUCGUUUACUUCUCACGACCCGACAACGACGUCCGCUUGGCUCCGAUUCCGAGUCCACUUGUGACUCAAGAGAUGAAAGACGCAAGCCAGAACCCCGAGGACUACCCUACGAGUGGAGAAUGGAUUUCAAACAGGGUCAAGAGUAGGUUGCAGGUCAACUACAAGGGCGAAGAGAGCUACACCAAGGGACUCAAGGGUACCGGAUCGAGCGAGGAGGUUGACUGGUGA